AGAAGAAGAGGAGGAGGAGGAAACCUGGGGCUUCUUUCCUUCAGAGGCAUUUAGCUGGGACUGUAUGGAGGCUGCAGCCGUGGAAAAUGAAGAUCUCCUCUGUGGUCUUCGCUCUCCUCACUCGAGCCCUGCUUGGAGAUUGGUGUUCGGCCAUUAACGUCACCAUCACCCCUUACCCCUUCACGGUGGCCCAGGAGGGUCAAAACAUCACGCUCUCCUGUGUUGUGUCCCAGCGGAGACGAAACGCCGCUCUGCCGGUGGUGAAAUGGACGUUCCUGCCCGCGGGCACGGACCGACCGGAAGACGAACUCCUCAUCGCCCGCGUCAACAUGAGGAAGGCUCGCUUCUACGGGAACUACACGAAGAGCUUCACGUGGCCCAAACUGAAGCUGACGGUGGUGAAGCAGGGGAAGAUCUUUGACCUGGUGAUCCUGAAUGUGUCCGAGGGGGAUCGAGGACUCUACAUGUGCCGGGUGCAGGAGUUUAAAAAGCACCAGGACCGCUGGAAGGCCUCGUCGAACUGCACCGCCGCUACUGAGCUCAGAG